CUCCAGAGUAAGUAGCAGCAUCGAAAAACUAAAUACGUAAUCAACUUGUUGGAAUCGAAUAUGAACUUGUUGACAUCAACAUCGUCCUCUCUGGAAGGAUUGAUCCGUGGCCAUGAUGGGCUCCAAUUGCUUAUGGACAGCAAAUGUGUACUGCGCAUUGACAACGAUCCAUUGGAUGAACGCGUCAAACUUAUUUCCGGUGGAGGAAGUGGUCAUGAACCUGCCCAUGCCGGGUAUGUCGGUCGCGGAAUGCUUAGCGGUGCCGUUUGCGGGGAUAUCUUCAGUUCACCUUCGGUAUCGGCGAUUAUGUCUUGUUUAAAGGCGGUGGGCUGCUCGAAAGGUGCCGGUUUGAUAAUGAUUGUUAAAAACUAUACCGGAGAUCGAUUGAAUUUCGGCAUUGCUUUGGAACGGGCGAAAUCGAUGCUGGGGCUUGAAAACGUGCGAAUGUUGCUGGUCGGUGAAGAUUGUUCGAUUGAUGCUGAACAUGUGAGGCCCAGCGUUGGAAAGCGAGGUUUGGCAGGAGUGGUUCUGGUUCAUAAGAUACUUGGAGCUAUGGCUGAAGCUGGGUGUAGUCUGGAUGAAAUCUAUGACUUUGGCAUAAACCUAAUACGAUCAUGUAAUCUGGCCACGAUUGGCUUUACAUUUAAGCAAAACGGAAUCGUCCUGGAAGAUAUAUAAAUAGGAAAAGGCAUACACGGAGAGCCGGGUGUUUAUAAAAUGAAAAGCUGUUCAGAUUUCAAAGACAUUCUCGAUUUUACUUUAGAUAAGUUCAUGAAAUGCGUUCCUCAGAAAUCAGAAAUAGUCUUGAUGGUCAAUAACCUUGGAGGCACAUCUGAGUUCUUGAUGGGAGUUUUCAUGAAACAAGCUCUUGAAAAAAUUGGGGAGGCUUAUACCAUCAAGAGAGUCUAUUGUGGAACGUUUUUAUCUUCGUUAGAUCAAACAGGCAUUUCAGUUACGCUACUGAAUUUAGCCUGCUCAACCGAACUUCUGAACUAUUUAGAUGCCCCGGUUAAUGUUCCUUCAUCUCUGUUUGGGAAAACUUGGAAUUCAAUGAAAACAAAAUCUAUCGCGGUUGUACGCAGUGAUUCACCACAGGAUUAUGCCAUUGACCAAUCACGUGAUUACAAGAAUGUUAGUCCUCGUGGUGUAAAACUUGCCUCUACUAUCCUCACAUUCGUUUGUGAAGCUUUGAUAUCUUGUACGGAUAUGCUAAAUAUGAUAGAUAAAGAGGCCGGUGAUGGUGAUACUGGAACAACCAUAGGCAAAGGAGCAGAAGCUAUUUUUGAGGAACUGAAAGCAGGCAGAUUGCGUUUGUCUCAUCCAGUUCUUCUGCUGGAACAAAUAAGCAUCAUAUUGCAGGAAACAAUGGGAGGUUCAUCAGGAGCUCUGUACAGUUUAUUCUUUCAAGGGGCCUCCAACAAAUUUCGACUCGAACCGGACCGAUUUGGCAUUGAAAUUUGGAGUACUGCACUAACCGGAGGCAUUAAUACAAUGAUCAAAUACGCUCUAACGAAUGCAGGAGACCGAACGAUGGUUGAUCCCCUGAUCGAAGGUCAAACACGUUUACAGCGAUCGAUUUCGGAAAACAAGCCGAUUCUGGUCUGUUUGGAAGAAUUUACCAAGGGUUGUGAGGAAGUUGCUCGUUCCACACAGCACAUGGUGCCGAAAUCCGGCCGAGCAGCUUACGCAGCUUCGAUGGCGGACGAAUCAAACCGAGUGGUCUAUCAAUAUCCGGAUCCGGGCGCUCAUGCUGUUUCGAUUUGGGCCCGUGCUAUGUUCGAAGCGUGCAAGCAGGUGAUCGUUGAAUAAGUUGCACAGUCAACUUCGGGAGAGUAUCUUAUCGCUAGUUGAUGUUUGGUUUGUGUUAUAAUAUUUACUUAAAAUUAUGAAUAAAAGUUGGAUAAUGUACAAUAUAUGUUAGCAGUUCAUACUUAUCUUCGAAUCAUCCUUUGCAUAACUAAUUUCCACAUGUGUGGAGUUCUUCGUCUGACCCACAGAUGGCGUUCUACAUAUUUUAUAUUUCGAAAAGUU